AUGAAAUGCGAAAAUCUUUUCAUACAGUUCGGAUGGCUUAUUCUGAGAAUAACAACAUUCGUUUCCUACCUUGUUUCUUUUCAAGUCAUAUUUUUUCUUAGUUCGCCGUUCCUGUUUAUCUGGAUGAUGACUAAUCGUUUUCUGGACGAAAACGUGAAAUAUAAAUAUGCAUUCAAAAUUCUCUUGCAUUCAUUUAAUUCUCUUGCAGUGAUCGCAUAUUUGUCAUUUCUUCCUGCGCCUAUAAGCCUUGGUGUUUUGAAAGCUCAGAACAAGGAACAUUGGGAGCUUUGUCUUGGUUUAUUCGUCUUCAGUAUUUUAUAUUGCUGGUUCUGGAUUUGUUUUCGAGAAGUCUUAGACGAUGUCGAUUUUCAGGUCCAACUCGAAUUUUUUCUUGAAAAUUUGAAAGAAGAGGAGAAGAAGAUUGUUCCUGAAAUAAAUACUCCAAGGCCUGAACAAACUGUAAACACAGUUUCACUUAUUGAGGAGAAAAACACUCAAAUCAAUGGACUUGAAAUGAACAUCAAAAGAUUGACAAGGGAAAAUAAAGGAAUGGCCAUGGAAAUCCAUGAGUCCGAAGAAAAAAUUAAAAACUUGGAGAAGAAUAUUAAUUCUCUCUUUUCCAUGAAUAAAAAACUUACUUCUGAGAAAGACGAAAAGACAAAUACCUGUAAUUUGGCAAUUCAGGAAAUCCAAGGGUUAAGAAUAAAGGAGGAGCUCAUGUUGAGGGAAAUCGCACAACUUAAAUUUCAGAAAGCCUCUCAGGAGCCAAACGAGUGCUCUAUCUGUUCUAUCGCAUACGAUUCUGGUCAGCAUGCGACAUCAAUCUCAAAAAUCUGUGGUCAUAUUCUUUGCAAGCGAUGCUUGGAACAAAUUCAGCAGAACACUGGAAGAUGUCCUUUCUGCAAUAAACCCUAUCAAUUGACAGACAUUCUCCCAGUUUUUGGCGACCUUUAA